CGCGGGAGGUGGUUUGUCCCUCGCCGCCGCCCGUACGCCUGCGUUGCUGCGACGAUGACAAGGAGAUGAUGGUGAUGAGACGGUUCGGGGGCUCGCGCAUCACCUGAGACCGCACUGACCGGCAAUGGCCGCUGCCCAGCGCUUCUGUGUGGCCGAGGAGAGGAGCGGGCACUGCGCCGCCAUGGACGGGCACCGUCUCUAUGUGUGGGGGGGAUACGUGACAAUUGAAGAAAACGAAGUUUACCUCCUGCACGACGAGAUCUGGGUCUACGACACGGAAGACGGUUUGUGGCAGAUGCACCUGACAGACGGUGACCUCCCCCCCUCCAUGUCCGGCAGUUGUGGCGCUUGUCUGAAUGGAAAGCUGUAUAUUUUCGGUGGAUAUUUUGAUAAGGGCUACAGUAAUCAGCUGUUUUACGUGGACCUGCGGUCCGGCACUGGAGAACUCACAUGGAAGCAAGUCAAGAGUUUUAAGGGUCACCCACCGACAGCUCGGGACAAGCUUUCCUGCUGGGUUUAUAAAAAACAGUUAAUCUAUUUCGGAGGCUACGGAACCCGGAGGCACAAUGAGCUGGCCGACUGCUUCGACGUUCACGAUGCAUCGUGGGAAGGCCAGAUGUUUUGGGGAUGGAACAAUGAUCUCCAUGUGUUUGACACGGCAAAGCAAGCCUGGAUACAGCCCGUGGUGCAGAACACCCCCCCUCAGGCUCGUGCAGCCCAUUCCUGCGCCCUCCUCGGGAAUAAGGGAUACGUGUUUGGUGGCCGCGUACUGCAAACGCGGAUGAACGAUCUGCACUUCCUGGACCUGGACACGUGGACCUGGUCCAGAGGGAUCCAGAUGACUGGAGAAAAGCCCCCCGGCAGAUCGUGGCACACCCUAACACCAGUCGGAGACGACCAGUUGUUCCUUUUUGGAGGUCUGAGUGCCGAAUGUGUGCCGCUAAGUGAUGGAUGGAUCUAUAGCGUCAAAACCAACGUAUGGGCCGAGUUUAGGCACUUGCCCCAGGAUCAGCCACGACUGUGGCACACGGCCGCCCCCGGGAAGGACAAUGAAGUGAUGGUGUUUGGUGGCAGUAAGGACGACCUGCUCUCCAUAGAUACUGGUCAUUGUAAUGAUUUGCUCAUCUUCCAGACUCAGCCGUACCCGCUGCUCAGGUUGUGCCUGGAUCACAUUGGGAAAAAUUCUUUCCUAUUUAAAAGCCAAUUACCCUGCUUACCCUCAAAGCUGCUCCAGCAGGUCAACCAGAGGAUCACGUUCUGGAGAGCGGCCCGCUUCCGCCAGCGCAGGAGGGAGAGUCACUAUGAAAUCAACAACAACAAGACCUGAUGGCGCCGCCGCUUACCGAGCACGGCCGCUUGCACUUGUCUGAAGCACAAACCAUGUUGGUUACACGGUGCGUAGGGCGGUUUUCAUUAGAGGCAAUGUUUUGUAUUUGGUUGUAGAUGUUACUUGGGGGCUGGGGAGGUAAGGAGGUUUGGGUACCUCAUGCUGGCUACAAGCUCUUAAUUGGUCAUUUGUCACAAACGGCGAUUAGUAGAUUGGUGGCUGAUCUGGGAAUAGUUAUACUGGAAUCUACAGAGUGCACAAAUAUGGAGGUCCCCUAUUAAUAACCCCUUAGUGACCACUAAUACGCCUUUUUACUGACUUUAAAUAAAGGGUUUUUUAGCUAAACAGCGGGCUUUAAUCAAUCAUUACAUGUACCUAAAAUGGUGCAUUAAAAUCUAUAACUAUAAGACCUCAUACAAGUACACUGAUGAAAAAACAAAAAAGUUAUAGCUCUUGGAAUGCAAUUAAAAAAAAAAAAAAUGUGCGUGGUCACGAAGGGGUUAACAGGCACCUACAGCUUUGUCUGUAGUGAUAUACUCAUUAAGGGUCUCUUCACAUCAGCGCCUGGGAAAUCUGCUGACGUGUGGAGAAUGUGAAGCCCCAAUACUGUACAGGCAGAUGGGUUCCCAUAGCCAACACUAAAACAUGACGUAUAUGUAUACCGCGCUAUACGUUUUUAUGGUAUCCAGCCAUAUAGUACACAAAACAUAUUUCUAUCCAUUAGAUACCAAAAUGUUUUAUGGGGAUCAUUGAACGCAUACAUGAAAUAAGUGAACAGGAUUUAAACACCGCCUAAACCAAAUUACCAGGGAUUACCUGCGCAGAGCUCAGCCCCGCGUCUCUUGUAAGGGCAUGAACCAGAACGUGUGACCAGGUGCAGAGGUGGCGUCACAAUUUACAGUUAUUCUCCAUCACAUUGAAAGGAACUCACUGAAACGUCUCGGGAUUCCCACACUCUGUGUCUCAGGCCAGGGAAGGAUUAUAGGAAAGACGUUGAGCUCAGGGAUCUAUAGAUUCGUAUGAAUUGAUUUAGUAUUUUUAUGUAAAAGUCUGUUUAACUGCUGUCAGGACCCCUAGAGAGAGCCUGAGAGUCCAGCUUUACCCGGAAUUACCCCUAGAGAGAGCCUGAGAGUCCGGCCUUACCCGGAAGACCCCUAGAGAGAGAGCCUGAGAGUCCGGCCUUACCAGGAAUUACCCCUAGAGAGAGCCUGAGAGUCUGGCCUUAC